GCUAGAGUUCACGUUAGGUUAAGUUUUUAGUUUUUGCAAGAAAUUAAUCAGUAGCGUUUUAAGUUCUUGUUGCUAGCGCUAACUCCGCAUUCUAAGUGGCAAAGAUAUUUGGAAAAUAAUUAAAAAUAAAAAUGCUUAAUGUAUUAAGAAAAACUUUACAAAGUCCAAUUAUUAGUAUACAAAGGCUAUUCAAUACAUCUCCCAUUCUUUCGACCCAGAAAUUUGAUAUCAAACGUAUUCCACUAGACGAUGAAGGUGUUCAAGGUGAAAAAAUUGUGGAUCUCGAUUCAGUUAUCAAAUCAAAACAGAACCUAUUUCCUACCUUGGAAUCGGAUGAUACUUUGUUUGACGGAAUUCCAUACAAAAGUCUACCCAUAUGUAACAUUCGAGUAACUCACAAUAACACGAUUAUAACAUUGACUGAUGCAGCGGGAACUGUUAAACUUAUAAAAUCUUGUGGCAUUGAGGGUUUUAAGAAUACUAAGAAAGGAACUAAUAUAGCUGCACAAACAACUGCAAUCAGCUUAGCAACAAAGGCCAUUGACAGAGGAUUCAAAACUGUUAGAGUAAAAGUCAGAGGUUUAGGACCAGGAAGAUUGGCAUCAGUUAAAGGACUCCAAAUGGGUGGACUUGAAAUAGUGUCUGUGACAGAUAAUACUCAUGUUUCAUGGAAUCCCCCAAGACCAAGGAAAGCAAGAAGGCUGUAACUAUUGUUAGUUUACUUUAAUAAUGAUGUUAUAAACUGAUUAGAAUAAUAAAAUACCA